UAAGACUAAGAGGGUGCAACAGUUAUGGGGGAGAUUAAAGAACUUAGAAUGCAGCAGUAAAGUAUAGAGGUGACCGGCAGAGAGAGAGAGGAUAUGAAUAAUGAAGUGAAAGUAAGUGAGAGACGAUAAGAAAGUUAUAAAGAGAGUGCAGAAGGGAGAAAGAAGGGAAAGGGGAAAAGAGUACAAAAACUAGGAUUGAAACAGUGUUAGGUAGAGAGGGGUAGACAAAAGCAAGUUGACAAAGGCAGAGGGCACAGAUUGAUUGUCACAGUAAGAGACAGCCACGGACCAGGAGAGAGCAUAAGGAAGAAGAAGAAAAAGACAUUCAGACAACACCAAGGUCCCUUCAUGGAUGUCCCACUGCCGGCUGCAGACAAAGUCUCUCCUCAGGGACCGGACGAAAUCUCGCCGGAUUCUACCCUGAACACCACACGGAUAAAGAAGGGUAAAAAACGACUGGCAGACGUGAAAUCUUUCAGUUUGGAGGAACCGCUGCAUGAAGAUGGGUUAGAUGACAAAAUAGGUCACCUCACCAGGUCAAAGACAUAUGACCCUCCAUUAUCUAUUAAAUCAACGGAAUCUGACCCUUCAACGGAGAGACGCAAAUCCAUCACUAGCAAUUUACCAAAGCACAACGUUACUUUUCAUAAAAUAUUUCGAGGUAUCCCGGAGGAUGAGGAACUUAAAGACAGCUUCACAUGUGCCCUCCAAAAAGAGGUUCUGUACCAGGGACGGCUCUAUAUAUCUUCCAACUACAUAGGGUUUUUCUGCAUCAUGCUGCGCAAAGAGAUCAAGGUUCUUAUCCCCAUCAGCUCUGUGACUAUUCUUAAGAAAGCAAACACCGCUCUUCUAGUGCCCAACGCUCUGAGUGUGAGAACUGUGGACGGGGACAAGUAUUUAUUUGGAUCUCUGAGGAAUAGGGAGCUUUGCUACCAAGCUGUGCGUGCUGUGUGUACCCACCUGCAGGAUGGCAGUGCUUGCAGUACCCCCAUGUCCUCAACUGCAGAUCCAGCUUCUGAACAGAACUGCAAAAUUCUAAAUUCAAGUCACUCAGAUCUGGAGUUAAAUCUAAAUGAAUCAGACAGUGUGGUGCUUAAUAGCAUCGCUCCAGAGGGCCCGUUAAAAGAGCAGAGCCGGUUACGAUUCAGUGCCAGUGAAGUGGACGGUCUCAGUCUGGGAUCCUAUGGUAAUGGGGACAUCUGUCAAGAGAAGCUGGCUAGUGAUGAUACUAAUCGUACACAUUGGGCGCGGCCAAGUGCGGUGAACAUCCUGCUUAUCAUCUAUAUGCUGUUAGUUGCCAUUUUGCUAAUCUCCUCAGGAUACAUUGGGCUACGAAUCAUUGAGCUGGAGAACCAGCUUAAUAUCAUGGGAGCAUGGCCAAAAGAAGAUGCUACCCAAGGGUCGAAGGAUUCCUGAGAUGACAGGAACAGCAUUGGUGUUUAGAAUUGUGUCACCACCUCUGCUGGACAGAGUUGACUGAUAUCUACAGGGAUAUAUUGGAUCCAACCUCACAACAAACAUAUUGGUUUUAAGGCCUGGUAGAGGAAUUAAAAAGACUCUUAUCCUAACCCAGGACAGAAUGUGCUGCUGAGCGCAUGGAUGUGAGAAGAAACAUUGCACUUUAUUGGAAGAUCAGCACCAACGGAUCCCCAAAAUGGAUGGGGUUUUACUAGAGUGCGCGAUAGCAGAGUGCGGACUCUGAAACUGGACAGAUUCAAGUAUGGAUUCAAUUAUUUUUUUUUUUUUGCAUUCUGCGGCAAAUAUUGAAGUUUAAUCUGAUGGUGCUGACUACUACCAAGAAAUAUAUGAGGAUAGUUUAUAAAUAUAUAAAUAAAGUAUGCCUACAAGCUGGGUUAAUACUGAAACUUCAGGAGUUCUCUUUAGGAUUAAGGAAUGACGGAAGCCAUACACAUUUGGUACCCUAACUGUGAUAGACCACAAAAAAGACUGAAGCAAAUCUCAUAUAAUAGAUGAGAUGCACAGGGGUCUAACGCAAAAAUAAAGGAAGAUUUGCUGAUCUCUGUUAUAGGUGCCAUGUUGGUUUCCUGCUUGGUGACUUAACCAUAAAUCAUUUUAACAUCUCAAUAGAUGCAUUUCAGUUUUCAAUAUUCUAAAGGUUAUUGUGAAUUUAAUAACUCUGUGGGAGUUAUCAUACCUCACCUCUUUUUAUAAUCUUGUGGUAAAAUCUGUGCAUCAAUAGUAAGUGCAAAGUACUAAAAUAUUUAAUACGUUUGAAGAUGGUGAUACGGUACGUGGUUGUUUGUGUCCUAUAAAAUUGCCACAUUACAUACAUUGAAAAUGUUUAACUAAAAAUAAAUACCAUGAGUUUGUCCAUGUAA